CGAUUCAAACCUGCAAGCUAUAAUUUAAAACACUGUUUACUCCAUAAGGACCUGUUUUAAACAUUUUACCGGUGGUAUUCGCGUACAUCUUCCGAGGGAGAUCUAGAUUGGAUGCAAUUAAGUGACGUGUCACCACUGAUAUUUUAUGAAACCAAAAAGAUAACAACAUUGCGAAUAUGUUGAGCGCAUUUUCCUGAUUGUUUCAUUUUAUUUGAUAUCUUUGAGAAAGCAACGCACAUUUUACUACCGACGCGACAAGGCACGAACUUGCCACCUAGAACCGUUUUGUGGAAUUUAUGGUGAAAUUUACAUAUUGACAUUACCAUUUGGAUGGACUACUGUUUGGAUUUUUCUACCAUUAGACUUGCUUUGGCAUUCGAGAUGGGUUAUUUGACGGCGCUGUUACAAAUAGUUGCUGCGGUCCAGUUGAGCCUUUUACCUGCACAGAGUUCUUCCUUAGUAAACGUAAACAACACUGCUAAAGUGAUGCUGUUUCAAGAGGUUUGGGGGAAAAGCUUCUGCCGCACUAUAGAGAAGCUAGUGGAAGUGGUUCAGGAGUACCCUGGGGAGGUGGAGCACAUUUUCAGCCCUGCCUGCGUGCCAUUGGUCCGCUGCGCUGGUUGCUGUGGAGAUGAGAAUCUGGAGUGUCACCCUACACUUACUUCUAACACUACCAUGCAAUUAUUAAAGAUUAAGCCAGCGGAGCAGGGCCAGGAAUAUGUGGAGAUGACCUUUGUGGAGCACAAAGCCUGUGAAUGUAGACUAAGAAAACCUACAAAGAAACAAGACAGAUUGAAACCCAGAAACAGAGGGAGAAAAAGGAAGGAGAAAAAGAGAGUGAAAGAUUGUGACACGUGUCAGCCUCCCCGUAGGUAAAUGCUGUCUCGCCGUGAUGCCAGCCAAUCGCGCGCAUCUGCCCCCUUCUGUGCGACCCUCACCGUCAUCAUUCACUUAUGGGUACUGCCACUGCUCUGCACCCCACCAUCCCAGAUGCAGAGUUGAUAUGGUGAUGGGGCUUCUGUCAGCACACGGGGGGCCUUCCAGUCAUCUAUACAGGAAACUCCUGUUGUGCAGCUCUCUACAGAAGAAAAACAACCGAAGACCAAACCUAAAAUCCAAGACUGAAUAAACCCCUAGGGACUUAUGUUAUUAUAUUAUUAUUAUUAUAUUGUUUUAUAAUAGUAGUAGUGAAAGUCAUAAAGUAAUAUUAGUGAUAGUACUGGUUUAGCUGCCAAGUCUUCCCCUUUUAUUUAUUAAAAUCCACUGAAGUAAAACUGGUGCAUUUCAUUAAUCAAUACAUUUACAAAGCCAUUGUGUAUCUGGUCAUAAAUCUAAAAGGAAGCACAGAACAAAAUGCCAAAUAUCAUCUCUUUAGAUUCUAUAUUACUGCUAUGCUAUGACUAUAUUACAAUUUACUAAUGUGAAAACCGUCUUAGAAGAUUUUUAGUACAUAGUAUUUUCUGUUGACGUUCUGAAGCUUCUCUGUGACUUCAGCAUUAAAUUGACAUACUGACCUCUAGUGGUGAUAAUAAAAUAAUCACGUUCAGUAAGUGUUUUUCAAAUAAUACUGAUCUGAAAGCCAUCCCAUUAUGAUAUAUAUUACUAUAAUAUUUCAACUUUGGCAAAAAUAAAAGUGUGCACUGUGUAAGGACAAAGACUUUGCUCUGAAAGGGCCAGUCAACAGGAACCGAGACAGACGUUCAUCACGAUAUGAGUGAAUGUUGGUGCUUUGUAUUAUUGUUUUGUAAGUGAAAAUGACCGAAUUUCCCACACUUUAGACUCCGGUCUAUAAAGUGUCGAAAUUAAACCAAAGAAGCAUUAUUAUCUAUGCUGCUGGCCCUAAAUAUAAAUACAAUAGUUUUCACCAAAGGGCUAUUUAAUUCCCAAUGUAUAAAAUGUUGUAUGUUUUUCAAAAUGUUGUUAAUAUGUAUUAAUAU